AAAACACGACUGGACCUGCAUACCUAUUUUUCUCCAAGGUCUCAUCGUGCAUAUCCCUCUAACGUGUGCAGGCAUUUCAAGCCCUCCCCACCCACUCUUGCAGACCAGCUCUCGACGGCAAUGCUCAAGUCGACAUACACCCCCUCGCCAGGUCUCUCCCCGGCCGCCCUCCCUGCAGGCUGGACCGAGCACAAGGCCCCGACCGGCCACACCUACUACCACAAUGCCUCGACCGGCCAGUCGACCUACCGGCGGCCAGGCGCGCCCCCGCCGACAGACCCCACCACCAGCUUCCUGCAGCACCAGGCCGCCGCCCCGGCCAUCAACCUAUCCGACCCGGCCACCGCGAACGCCUUCAUGGCCCAGUACGCCAGCGGACCGCCGGCGGCGCGCCGGGCCCCCGACGGGCGAGGAGCUGGUGGUGGUGGUCGCCCCCGGCCGCAGCCGACGGACAGGCCGCGGGCCAAGGUUGCGAUCCCCGGCUGCGAGCCCUGGCUACUGGUGUACACGCGGUACGGGCGGCGGUUCGCCCAUAACCCGGCCCGAAACGCGAGCUACUGGCGCAUACCCGACAGGCUGAAGCUGGGGAUCCUGGAGCUGGAUCGGGAGCGCAUACGGCGCAAGGCCGAGGGGCUUGGGAGCGAGGACGAGGGGGAGGACAAGGGGGCUGCGGACGCGGGCCCUGGGACUACGACUACUACUGGUGAUGGUGGUGUCGUGGAGAAGGCUACCGCGGGGGAGCAGGGGCCUGCUUACGAUAGCGACGAAUAUGAGGAGGUGGAGGUCACCGACGACGAGGGGGACGAGGAGGACGGGAAUGCGGCGAAGCGGCAGCGGACGGGGGAGCCCGGUGAGGACGAGGAGGCCGUCGUCGAGUUCACCGAGGCGGACAUUGCGGCGCAGCUGCAGGCGAUGGGCGAGCAGUACGAGGAGGAAGGCGCGGAGGAUUGGGCUGAGGGCGAGCAGGGACUGCCGCUGUCCGACGAGGAUGCCAGGGAGCUGUUUAAGGACCUCCUCAACGACUUUGGCAUCAACCCCUACAGUCCGUGGGAGAAGCUGAUUGAGGAGGGCAAGGUCUUUGACGAUGCGCGCUACUCGGUCCUCGGCACGAUGAAGGCGCGUAAAGAGGCCUGGGAGGAAUGGUCGCGGGACAAGAUGAAGCAGCUGAAGGAGCUGCGCGCCAAGGAGGGGAAGAAGGACCCGCGCAUAGCCUACAUGGCCUUCCUACAGGAGCGGGCUACGCCGAAGCUCUACUGGCCCGAGUUCAGGAGGAAGUACAAGAAGGAAACCCCGAUGAAGGACACCUCGCUCUCCGACAAGGACAGGGAGAAGUGGUACAGAGAACACAUCAACCGCCUCAAGCAGCCGCAGCCCACGCUGAAGGCCGACCUCAAGGCGCUGCUCGAGUCGGUGCCCCUGUCGGAGCUCAACAACCGGACCAACCCGUCGCAUCUCCCGACGCGCCUCCUCGUCGACAUCCGCUACGCCUCCCUGGACCCCGCGGUCCGGGACCCCAUCGUCGAGGCGUACCUGCAGACGCUGGGCCCGCCGCCGGAGGAGGCCGAGGCGGCCGAGGACGAGGCGGCGGCUCGGGCGCGCGAGGAGCGCGCGAGGAGGGAGAGGGCGCUGCAGGAGCGCGAGCGGGCCGUCGCCGAGGAGAAGAGGAGGCAGGAGAAGAAGCUGCUGCACGGGAGGGCCAGCCUGCGUGACGAGGAGCGCGAGCUGGAGAGGGCGAUGCAGGUCGGGAAAAGGGGUCUGCAGAGUCAGCUAUCUGGUGCUCAGAAUGGGGGAGUAUGAGUUUGCCGCUAGCCCGAGAUUGGUUACUUGUCUACUGCAGGAGGACCACGUACGAUCCGCCAUGAGACAGUUAGAUAGGC